UUGUAUGCAGGUUUAUAAAUCACAUGUCCAGUCAUGUGAUCACAAUUUGAUAAAAAUCAAAACACGCUUAAUUGUAUAAACAAAUGAAAUCAAAGUUAAGACAAAGUUAGUUACUGUAUCUGUAUAUCAAUCAAUCAUGACAGAUACGAAGAGUAAUGGUGGUGGUGUUGGUGGUGCGAUCGAUUAUAGAGUGACGUCUCUAUUGACUGAACAUUUUGGAUUUCCUCCUUUAGCUUUAAUUGAUGAUGUUAUUAAUGCAGUUAAUGAAAUCAUGUAUACUUGUACGACUGGGAUUGAAACUUAUUUAAAGGAAAAACAAACACAGGCUUUCAAUGAGAUUAGUGAAGGUGGUGAUAGUUCUGUAUUGAUUGAUGAUGAUUCUAAACGAAGUGUGUUUACGAGAAUACCUGAAGAUGAAAUUGCGAUUGGGACAGGUAAAUUAGAAACCUUAUUGGAGAAUCAAGUUGAUAAGAAUUUUGAUAAAUUUGAAUUAUAUACAUUAAGAAAUAUAAUGAUGUUACCGCAAGAUUUGAUUGAAGAAGGAUGGAUUAAAUUAAAACAUCAUGAGAAUGUUCAAUUUUUAAAGAAUCUGGAAAUUAUCCAUACCAAAUCACAAUUAGAUGAUUCAAUUAAUAAAUUAAUUAUAAAUAUUAAAUUAGAAUUACAAUUACGACAAAUAUUAAGAUUACAAAUCUUAAAGACAAAGAAGAUCCUCAUUACCCUUCGAGAAUUUAAAAAUCAAGUUAAUUUCUUAAAUCAUAAUAUCACCAGUACUUCUUCUUCCUCAGAAUAUCAAUUAUCUCAACCUGCUAAAGAUGCUUUGAAAGCAUUAUCACCCAUUGAUGAAACUUUAUAUUUCAUUUUGAAACAAGUGGAUGAUUUAAUUAAACAAACUCAAUCCUUAGCAGAAAGAAUCAAUCAUGAUUCGACUUUGACGAAGAUUAAAUUCAUUCCUAAUUUACGAGAUCGAUAUAUUGAUAAUAAAGCAUUUCAAUUAUUAGAGAAAGUAGGUAUGAUAAAUCGUGAUGAAUUACAAAGUCAGCCCGAACAUGAAGAAGUGGAAGUGGUUCAUGAAGAUGAUGAUGAUGCGAUGGAAAUAGAUGAUGAUGAAGAUGAAGUGGAAGAAGAAGAUGCCACCACAACAGGGUUUAGAAUCACCAGCCAGAAUCAUAUUCCAGAUAUUGAUGAUGGGAAUGAUACUACCUUAGGAUCAAAUUUCAUCCCUGAUAUGUCGCUAACUACAGAAUUAGAAGCAAUUAAGAACAUAACAGAUAAUCUUAAUGAAAAACAAGUUGAUACUGAAACUGAAACCACCACUACAUCAACCUCAUAGACCAAUGUGUAUAAUAUAAUGUAUAUGUAUAAUAUAUAAAAUUGUAAUAUUAAGAAUUUUAAAGGUGUACGAGAAAAUUCCCGAUUGGGAAUCUGCAAACGAUAAACAUUUUUUUUCCUUCCGUUGCAUUAUCAUCGAACAUCAUCAUUCAACAAUCUCAAACUAAAGGAUCUCUCUUGCU